AUGGCCACCGCUGACACCGUCAAGUUGGGACCUCCCCAUCCCCCCAAGGUUGAUGCCAUCAAGGCCUUCAACGAAAUUGAACUUGAUUUGAAGAAGAUGCUUCAACACCUCCGCCAUGACACGAACAAGCACGAGCCUGCAUACUUCGCUGCGGUCCACAAUCUCUCGGACAAGCAGUUGACCAAUUUCUCUGCCGAUGAUUUGAAGGAGGUUCGAGUUGCAGAAUCAGCAUAUGGCAUUCACCUUUUCGGGAAAAUCCUUCUGCCAGACUCUGACCCCUCCCAUGCCUAUCCCGAGAAGGCUGGCGAUUGCUACUUCAUGUUUAGAGCGUUUAUUCCCGGUGAAGCAGAGACCGCAAAGCUUCAUUGCAUUCAUAUGGAGGAGAUUGAGAACGAAGAUGAGACCAAGACCUUCAAGGCUAUCUUCUUCCAGAGCGAUCCUCUCGAGUGGUUUGAUACAUAA